AUGGACAGCUUCGCAGAGCCCCGACGCCCGUCAGCCCCCGUCUCCCUGGCUGCCGUCCGCGAGCAGGUCCGCAAGCUUGAGUCGGACCACCGCGCAUCCGGCAUUCCUCUCUCCGGUCGCAUAAUCCACGUCUGCCACUACCUGCCUGUCGUCUCCUCGCUCGUCGGCCCGUCUCGUGCCGCCAUCCCCAGCCCGCCCCAGACGCCGCCCGCGCAGGCCUCUGACAUCCCACCCAGCCCCACCGACUCCCAGCCAUGGGCCCUCAGCGUACGCUACGGGCACUCUGCCAUGAUCAGCGGCAUUGCGUCGCUCGCCUCGACACACGAGCAGCUCGUCGUCGGCUGGACGGGCGACAUCCCAACCGCACUGCCUACGAUGCCGCCUUCUGCGUACGGCGCGCCGUCGACAUCUACCGCUAGCGAAUCUGCCCAUGCCUCGCCGUCGAAAGUGCCCACCAACGACAUCGGCGAGGAGGAACGCAGGGAGCUCGAGCAGCUGCUCGCAAAGUACCGCUCGCGAGAUGAAGUCUCAAUCGAGGGCGGGAAGCAAACGACGUAUGUGCCGGUCUGGCUCGACAACAAGGAAGCCCACGGCCACUACGAGGGUUAUUGCAAGCAGACUCUCUGGCCGCUGUUCCACUACCUGCUCUGGCAAGACGUCGCGACAGAGUACGCGUCCGCCGACUCGCAUUGGGCGCCGUACAAUGCUGUAAACGCUGCGUUUGCGAAGCGUGUCGCGGAGGUGUACCGUCCCGGCGAUUUGAUCUGGGUGCACGACUACCACCUUCUGCUUGUGCCAUCGCUGCUGCGCCAGGCGCUGCCCGAGGCGGCGAUCGGGCUGUUUGUGCACACGCCGUUCCCGAGCUCGGAGAUCUUCCGGUGUCUCCCACGCCGCAAGGAGAUCCUCGACGGCAUGCUCGGAGCCAACCUCAUCUGCUUCCAGACGUACUCCUACUCCCGCCACUUCACGUCGACCUGUGUGCGCGUGUGCGGCUACGAGAUCACGAAUACGGGCGGCAUUGAUGUGCAGGGACACGUCGCGGCCAUCUCGUACUGCCCGGUGGGUGUGGACGCCGAGCGCGUCGCGAAAGACACCCUGCGCGCGGGCAUCGAGCCGAAGCUGGAGGCCCUGCGCGCCCUGUACGAGGGAAAGAAGAUCAUCGUCGGCAGGGAUAAACUGGAUGUCGUGAAAGGAGUUGUGCAGAAGCUUCGCGCAUUUGAGAAGCUGCUGCGCGACUACCCCCAAUGGAUCGGUAACGUUGUCCUGAUCCAGGUCACAUCGCCUGCCCUGUCCGACUCGCCGAAGCUCGAGCGUCAGGUGUCCGAGCUGGUUGCGCACAUCAACGGUGAAUACGGGUCGCUAGACUUCAUUCCCGUGCACCACUACCACCAGACUAUCAAGAAGGAUGAGUUCUACGCCCUCUUGUCCGUCGCGGACCUCGGUGUGAUCACGCCCCUCCGGGACGGCAUGAACACUACCUCGAUGGAGUUCAUCAUCGCCCAGGAGCGCACGAAGCGCAGCCCGCUUGUCCUGUCCGAGUUCAUGGGGAUCUCGAGCAACAUGUCUGACGCGCUGCAGGUGAACCCGUGGAGUCUGGAGGAGGUCGCGGCGGCGAUCCACCAGGGGCUGCUGAUGUCCGACGAGGAGAAGCUGAGCCGCCACCAGAAGCUAUACAAGACGGUGACGACGCACACGUCGCACACCUGGGCGGCGAUGCUCGCGAAAAUGCUGCUCGCGCAGGUCGGGCGGCAGAACCUUGCCCGCCAGACGCCGCCAAUGCCAAAGGACCGUCUCGAGAGCCGCUACCACGCAGCGAAGAAGCGGCUGUUCCUGCUGGACUAUGAUGGAACGCUCGCGCCCAUUGUCCGUGUACCCAGCGCAGCAGUGCCCUCGCCAGAAACACUCGAGGCGCUCGAGAGACUCUCGAGCGACCCGCGGAACGUCGUGUUCAUCAUCUCUGGCCGCGACGGCCAUUUCCUCGAACAGCACCUCGGGCACCUCAAAAACCUGGGCAUGUCCGCGGAGCACGGCGGCUUCGUGCGCGAGCCGGGCGCGCCCGACUGGACCAACUUCACCGAGUCGCUCGACAUGAGCUGGAUGGACGAGGUGCUCGAGAUCUUCCGCUACUACACGGAGCGUACCACCGGCAGCCACAUUGAGGUCAAGAAGAGCUCGAUCACCUGGCACUACCGCUCGAGCGACCCGGAGUGGGGUCUAUUCCAAUGUCGCCAAUGCCAGGAUCUGCUCGAGAACAACCUCGCCCGCAAGCGGCCGAUUGAAGUCCUCGUCGGCAAGAAGAACCUCGAGGUCCGCCCGUUGGCUGUGAACAAGGGCGAGAUUGUGAAGCGCAUUCUUUAUUACAACCCUGACGCCGAGUUUGUCUUCUGCGCGGGAGACGACAAGACCGAUGAGGACAUGUUCCGCGCCUUGCUCCUCUUCUCUGGUGACCAGAAGACCGCUCGUCUGGAGCCUCCUCUCUCCGUGACCCUCCUCGCGAAAGAGCCCUCGACGAAGUUCGACCCCGUCGAUCUCGCCAUCACACGCGAGAGUGUCUUUACGACCGCCGUUGGUCACAGCAGCAAACGUACACUCGCCGUCUGGCACGUCACCAGUCCCGAAGAGGUCAACCAGCAUCUCCUUGACCUGGGCCGUAUGUCGCAAGAGGACGAGGCUAAGAGCAGCCUAUAGACUGCUGUAUACUAGCUCAUGACCUUCACGUUGCUUUUGUUCCAUUUCGGUCUCAUAUUUCCAUCAGACAUACGUGGGACAGGCGUUGUACGAGUGUAAUCGCGCAGUAGGCAAUUCUUUUGUAUAUUCACGGAACAUACUUCAUAUAGCACAAGAAUAGAGGCGCAGAGCUGGAAGUAGUAUCAUAGAAAGCAAUUUUAGAAAUUUCGCAC